AUGCCGCUGCGGCGGCUGAACGAGCUUGCGGAGGCGCCAGGUGGCGGGUACGCUGGCCGUGUGGUGGUGCAGGUGCGCUGGUGGUGGCGUCCGCGCCGCCGACACGCAGCCGCGCGCGGACGCAGAGUGCGACGGACAGAGAGGGUGCAUCGCGCCGGCCGUCCUGCGCGCCGCACGCGUCCGCGCGGGUGCCACUCGCGCCGCGGGAUUCCCAGGCUGCCGGGGUCCAAAGGGGCGCCCUGCGGUGGGGAACGCGCGCGGCGCAGGUCAGCGGACGGGACAGCUCCGCCCUCAAUCGUCGGCGUGGGAGUCAGUUGGAGCGGGGGGCGCGCCCGGUCCGGCGCAGCGGCGCGUGCACUCCGGGGCGGGGGCAGGCGACGCUUCGCGACGUGCCCACGCCACGGUUGCGAUCGACGGACGGCCGAAACGCGGGCUCUGCUCGCCCUCGUGCGUCCGGGCGCACCUCGCCGUCGGACAGGUCCUACGCGCACCGCCAGCGCAUCCCCCUCGCCCUGGAUCCCACCCGCUCCCGUGCGGCCGCUGCGUCGCGCGAAACACGCUUCCGCGGACCCAGGAGGCACGCCGUCUGCGGCACCCGCGCGGCGCGGCGCCCCAGAGCGGCCCGCUCUGCGUCCCGGCGGCCCACGCGCGCCAGUCGCACGCGGACCUGACGCGGUCUCUCUCCGCCCCGCCGCGCGCGUCCGCGGCCCCAUCGGCCCGGCGGGGCGUCGCGGGCGCGCCACCCUGCGCACCGGCACACGCGGCUCGACCGUCCAGCUCCGUUCCGCGCGCCCCGUCGCCCCGCUGCGCCCCACCAUGGCCAUGCAGGGCUCCCUCCGCCCUGCGCGCGCCCCGCGUGCCCGCGGCCCGACCGCGCGGCCGCCGCGAGGCCCACCUCGACGGCACCGUCGCGUGCGCCGCGCGCCCCCGCGCGCCCACCCGGCCGCGGGGCGCUGCCGCCGGCCGGUGGCCACGCGGGCGGCCUACGAGCCGGGCUCCGAGUCGGGCUCCGACGUGGACCGCCAGCUGUUCGAGCUGUACCGCGAUGGACAGGCGACCGACCGGAUCAGGGAGUUCUUCGCUGGGGAGCGCUCGACGCGCAGGAGGAAGGCGUCGGUGCGGGGAAGCAAGGUCGUCGACCACGAGUCGCUGCGGCACGCCAAGGAGGACCUGUCGGACUUCUGCGCCUCGCUGCCCGCGAACGAGGAGGCCGACACGUGCUGGAUCGGAUACAACCACCUCGACGCGGAGAUCCGCCAGCUCGACGCCGAGGACCCGACGGUCGCGAAGGCGAAGCUGGACCGGCUGGAGGACAUGGUGACGGAGGUGCAGCCGAUGGGGCUGCCGAACCUGGCCAAGAUGCUGGCCACGCUGGCCAAGGCGUCGCGGCGGGCGGCGAUGGCGUCCGCGCGGGGCUCGCUCGCGGCGGGGGCGGCGGCGCUGGAGACGGAGGACCUGAUGGAGGAGUUCGUGCACAACAAGGACGCGCGCCUGGCGCUCAUGGAGCAGCUGUUCAGCGAGUUUGACGCCAACCACGACGGCAAGAUCAGCGUGCGCGAGUUCCGCGAGCUCAGCAAGGCGGUCGGCAUGCCGCUCGACACGCAGGACAUCUUCAUCAUCUACGACUUCUUCGGCAUCGAGGGCGGGAAGGCCGGCUUCGACGAGUUCCUGGAGAUCAUGAGCGUCGGCGAGGACAUGGGCGAGGGGCACACCGUGCUCCCGAAGAACCUCCCGCGCCUCGCCAAGGGCCUGCACUCCGAGCACUGGCUCGGCCACCAGGCGCCCGUCCCCACCACCGCGGGCCCCAAGCUGCCCGACCCCGUGAUCCCGCAGCCCGCGCCCAAGCCCGACGUGCCCUCCACGCGGCCCCCCACCGGCGCGCCGCGCCUCUGGGACCAGAAGCUCUGGCCCUACAACUGA